AUGAACAACACCUCACAGCACCAAGAACCACUCCAGACCACCUCCGACUACCCAGCAUGCUCAUCGAAACGACAGCUAUUCGCAUCCAAAGCACUCAACCUGUCAUCAAAACUACUCACCAAAUCAGCAAACUAUCUCAGCUCGAAAGACUUGGACUCACUCGCAAACCCACUCAACAGAGUCAACGGAAACCAUCGCAGACACUCCAAGCAGCGCUCGAGCGAAUUGUGGCAGGAAUGGGACAAGGAUACCUGCAACUGGAACAUGAUCGUCGGGGGAAACGCCAAAAGGGCCUCAAUCCAAUCAGCCGCCUCCCAGCAGCGACCGCUCACUCAAAGUCCACCCGUCAACUCGUCUAAUCCGGGCUACCUCUCCUACUUUCAUCCCCAGAACUGGCAGAGAAAGAACAAGGAAUCUCCCUACAACGAAGACCAUCUCGUCUGUUUCCCAGGUGUAAGCACCCUCUUGAGUCAUCUGCCCCCAAUCAAAAAGCUCCAACUUACGCCAAUCCUUACCCCCCCCCUUUUUUUGCACAGUUUGUUGCGCUGGGAUCCCCUUCACACUCUCGUGCGGGCGACAUCGAGCUAUUCAUAUCGAUACACGCCUUCAGGGCUAGGUCAACACUAG